AUCGGUGACGGCUCCAUUCAACAACUAACUCGGGAUACUCAUUGAACUGUGUCUUUUAGGUUUACACGAAAAAUAAGUUAGUUUGAAUAUCUGAAGCUAUGUAUGUGAAUCUUGAUUCUUUGUUGGUUAGGUUGUGCUAGCUCGCCUGCUAACAAGAGGAUUAACUUACUUCCUGAGGAGUGUCCACCAUGUUUGGUGUUGGAUUCAAAGGAGAGAGACUUCGAGUCAAUCUCAGGCUGGUCAUCAACCGACUCAAGCUCCUGGAGAAGAAGAAGACUGAACUGGCGCAGAAGGCCCGUAAGGAGAUCGCGGAUUACCUGUCGUCGGGGAAGGAUGAGCGGGCACGGAUCCGGGUGGAGCACAUCAUCAGGGAGGACUACCUGGUGGAGGCCAUGGAGAUCCUGGAGCUGUACUGUGACCUGCUGCUCGCCCGCUUUGGCCUCAUCCAGUCCAUGAAGGAGCUGGACCCUGGUCUACAGGAGGCGGUGUCUACGCUGAUCUGGGCUGCCCCGCGGCUGCAGGCAGAGGUGUCCGAGCUGAAGAUUGUGUCAGAUCAGUUGUGUGCAAAGUACAGCAAGGAGUACGGCAAGCUGUGUCGGACAAACCAGAUCGGAACUGUCAAUGACAGGCUGAUGCUGAAGCUGGGUGUGGAAGCCCCUCCAAAGAUCCUGGUUGAGCGCUACCUCAUCGAGAUCGCCAAGAACUACAACGUCCCGUACGAGCCGGACGCCAUGGUCCGGCCGGAGGCCUGCGUGGGCGAGGAGGCGGACCUCAUCGACGUGGACAACGACACCAAGAAGCCGCGGGGUGGAGGAGGGGGGGGCGGAGGCGGGGGCUUUACUGCCCCCCCCCACGGCAUGCCCAUGCCCAUGCCCAUUGGCUUCAACUUCCAACCUUCCAAAGGAGCAGAGCCCUUCGGUGGUCCUGUAGGCUCGUACGAUGGCGGCUUCUCCAACUUCCAGCCUCCGGGGAUAGGGGGGCCGCCCCAGCUGCCCAGUUGCCCCCCCACCUACGAGUCUAUUGAUGACCUGCCUGUCAACCCCUCUGUUCCACAGGUUUUUGGUCCUGGAGCCCCGUUCCAGGCCAACGAUACCGUUGGGCUUCCAGAACUUCCCUCUGUCCCAGACACACUUCCUGCUUCCUCCUUCGGCGGACACUCCGCCCCCUCCGAGGACAUCGACUUCGACGACCUGUCGAGGCGCUUCGAGGAGCUGAAGAAGAAGACUUAGUCCUCCGGCGCACUAUUCCUCUUCUGCUUCCGUCGCCACGGUCACCGGGAAGGGUUUGGGGUUAAAAGCCCUGGUGGAUUUUGUGUAUGAAUUUCUGGAAAGCUUUUUGUCACUGUGCUCUCCGUACAGACCAUAAUAUUACCUUGCCUUGCGCGAACACACAAUGGUGUGAACACACUCCUGUCUAUUGGGGGGGAGGUUUUGAACACAUUUUGUAAGAUCGUUGAAUUAUCUUGAACUCAAAGCAAAUUACUUCACUGUCCUUAAGCUCUUGAAAGUGAAGGAUUUUUUUUAUUUAUAUACACUAAGUUUUUUUAAAAUCAUCAAUGCCCAAUCCUUUUCGAUAGCUCCUUUUAUGCUAGCAUGCAGCCUGAAUCUUAUUUUUUAAUAGCAGCACUUUGGUUUUAUAUAGGCCUGUGCGCUGGUGUCUAUUGCACUGAGCGGUGCUGUGUAACAUAAACCGGUCUAAAGCAGGCAUGGCCUCCCACCUCUGGACUCUGCAGUAUGCAGUAACCAGGAUUGCGGAGGACAAUCUAACUGACAGGACUCUGGAGGAGCAGACGCGCGUAAUAAACGCGUGUGCGCGCUCUACAGUCCAGCUUAGGGAGGCCUGCCAUCUCAGGAUCUCUCGCAGUGUCCAUGUUUGUCCACAAGGGGUCACUAUUUACACUCGCUUAUCCUUAUCCUAACCUAAAAAAAAAUCUCUUUCCUUCUACCUCGUUUGAUAUAGACGGGGGUCAUUAUAGUUUGUCGUUAUAUUUCCUUAUGGAGUGCUGUCACAGGAAAGGGCUCAACAUUUUGGAAAUACUCAUAUUUAAAUGACUUAUUAAUAAACUGGGGAAAAUAAAACUUUUUGUUGUACUUUUAAUGUUUUUUCUUUGCUCACCUUCAAUGGUCAUGUACUAGGAAGCACGUCCUCUUAUCAUUCGAGACGCCCAAACCUGUGGGCCAGGUCUCGACCAGAAUCGACACCUCAUAACUCCGCCUGUGCUUGAAUGGGAUUCUGAACUAGAUGGCCGUACUGCUGAUUAUGGGCUGGGGCACUUCUGGAUUAGAUGGUGAAGGCUGAUGGAGUGAUAACUUGUUUGAAGAGCAAACAGCAGGAGAGUGUAACUAAAUAUGCCAAAUAAUGCGUGUUUGAAGUCGGGGAAUGUGCUCUACGAUGAUGCAAAUCUUUUUCUCUUUUCAGUAUCUUAUAUCCCCUGUUGCUCCGCGCGGUCUUCUUUGUAGUUUGAAUAUUUAAUAGUUAACUUUUUUAAUUUUAUUUUUAAUGAACACUACGAUGUAUUGGCACAGAAAGAAAAAAAAAUGCCGUUGGAACCUCCUUUUAUAUGCGUACACGAUACCACCUUUGAGUUUGCCUUAAGUAUUCACCCCUAAUUGGUAAUUUUGUUAAAGGACUUGAGAAUGUUCCCAAUGUAUGAAAGUUGUCUAUUUUCUUUAUAUUUUACAUUUGUUAGUAAUACCUUCGGGCUAGCCUCAGUUUGUUCACCUAACCUUUUUGAAGUGUUUGAUGGUAAAUGAAAUAUUUUUGGUAGCGGAUUUGUAAUGGUGAUAAAAUGGUUUGCAUUUGUCACUUUCUUUCAACAAGUGCACAACAGAAAGGUUCACUUAUGGAAUGUCCGCUGUACAGCUUCCUAAAGAUACAAAUAUCUACUGUCUGCUCCAGUUAUGAAUCUAGGCACUGUCCCGGUCGCAGAAGAAAUAUUUUCAUAUUUUAAUCGGUUCUUAAAAUUGUAUCCAUCUUUUCUUGUGUGUUCUGGAGGUUUUUUUUGUUUGGUAAUGACAAAAUUACACUGCAGCCCAUAUGUAUAGUCAAGGAAAACGUAUAGAAUGUAAUUGCAUUCUGCCUGAAAGGAAAGAAUAUUAUUGCAAUAAAGGAAAUAUUUUGAA